AUGGGCGGUCAUGCUCCGCACGCCCGCACCGUCAGCGCCGGUAGCGGCCUGCCGGGCAGAGCAGAGCGAGGACCCCGCCAGACCAGGCGGUCCAACAUCCCUUCCUUCCAGAAAAGGGGAAAGCCAGUGAUGCGGUCGGUCAGCCUUCGCGCCGCCGAGCUGUCCGUGACCACCUUAGAGAAGUUUCACUUUCAGUCAUGGAUGGUUCAGCACCAAAAGAAAUACAGCUCAGAGGAGUACCACCACAGGCUGCAGACAUUCCUCAGCAACCAGAGGAAGAUAAACGCCCAUAACAAUGGGAACCACACCUUCAAAAUGGCACCGAACCAAUUUUCAGACAUGGACUUUGCUGAAUUCAAACGCAAGUAUCUUUGGUCAGAACCUCAGAACUGCUCAGCCACCAAAAGCAACUACCUCCGUGGUGUUGGUCCAUACCCACCCUCUGUGGACUGGCGGAAAAAAGGGAAAUUUGUCUCGCCAGUGAAAAAUCAGGGUGCCUGCGGCAGUUGCUGGACUUUCUCCACCACCGGGGCCCUGGAGUCUGCUGUCGCCAUCACCACUGGCAAGCUGCUCUCGCUGCUCCAGCCCCGGGCAGCCCCACCUCUCACGGAGUUCCCAGCAGGCUCACCUGGGUGUGCUUCUUGCAGGGGGCUCCCCAGCCAGGCCUUCGAGUACAUCCUGUACAACAAGGGCAUCAUGGGAGAAGACACCUACCCCUACAGGGGCCAGGACGGCCACUGCAAGUUCCAGCCCCAAAAGGCCAUUGCGUUUGUCAAGGAUGUGGCCAACAUCACACUUAACGAUGAGGAGGCCAUGGUGGAGGCCGUGGCCCUGUACAACCCUGUGAGCUUUGCCUUCGAGGUGACCAACGACUUUAUGAUGUAUAGAAAGGGCAUCUACUCGAGUACUUCCUGUCACAAAACUCCAGAUAAAGUAAACCACGCAGUACUGGCUGUUGGGUAUGGAGAAGAAAACGGGAUACCCUAUUGGAUCGUGAAGAACUCUUGGGGCCCCCAGUGGGGAAUGAAUGGGUACUUCCUCAUCGAGCGUGGCAAGAAUAUGUGCGGCCUGGCUGCUUGCGCCUCCUACCCCGUUCCCCUGGUGUGAGCCAGGGCACAGCACCCAGCAGCUGGCAGAGAUGGGGCAGAGUGGGCGGCCCAGGCGGCACUGUGGAAACCCAGCCCUGGAAGAAGUGGUGGGUUCCAUCCAGGGGCCUCCUCACUGGCCACACUCACCCCGUGCUGAGCCUGGGGAUCUAGAGAAGAUGAGGACGAAGCCUCCACCACACACUGCCACCACCUACAUCUGGAGGCGAGGAUGGUCACCAGCCAUGUGUGCCUUAGGCGUGGUUUUUAACGGAAGCGAGCCCACGAGGACUGAGAAUGUCCUUUCUUUCAGGGGGGCUACUUUCCACAUUCUGAGAGAGCUCCAGGACUAUCUUUUCUGUGUUAUUUGUUCAAUAAAGAUUCAGUAAGCAC